AAGAAGCGUGAUGUCUGGAAGAGGUAAAGGAGGCAAAGGCCUGGGAAAAGGCGGAGCGAAGCGGCACCGCAAAGUGCUCCGUGAUAACAUCCAGGGCAUCACGAAACCAGCCAUCCGGCGCCUGGCUCGCCGUGGCGGGGUCAAGCGCAUCUCGGGCUUGAUCUACGAGGAGACCCGCGGGGUGCUGAAGGUUUUCCUGGAGAAUGUGAUCCGGGAUGCGGUCACUUACACUGAGCACGCCAAGCGCAAGACGGUCACCGCCAUGGAUGUGGUGUACGCUCUGAAACGCCAGGGCCGCACUCUCUAUGGAUUCGGCGGCUGAACAUAAAGCGAUCCUUUUCCAACGAACCCAAAGGCUCUUAUCAGAGCCACCCAAACCCUCCCGAUAGAGAGCGGAGACCUGAGGUCGUGGAAGGCAACGCAUACGGAGAACCUA